AUGAUGCCCGUUGAUCUACCUGUUAACCUCGACCAGCCUUCCGCCAGAACGCCACUGCUUGCCGAAGCGCGGCCGUCGGGCGAGUCCCAACGUUCUGACGACCGUGCCGAAGAAGAAGAUGCUGCCCUGCUUAGAAGACGAGGCAGAGAUGACUGUGGCCACCGGUCCGUGAGGGGCUCGUGGUCUAGCCGCCUGCGUGAGCUGCUCUUGUUUGCCUGGGCGCUGGUGGCGACGGCGGCUGUCAUUGUCCUCGCUGCAUGGGUUCAGCACAAGCAAUCCGGCGACGCGCCAUCCGGCGGAACAACGCCGCCCGGCAAGCGCAACCUUAUCUUCAUGGUGUCCGACGGCAUGGGCCCGGCAUCUCUCUCGCUCACUCGUUCGUUCCGUCAGCUCGUCGAGGACAUCCCCAUCAAUGAUACCCUAGCUCUGGAUCGUCACUUCUGGGGCACGAGCCGCACCCGUUCGAGCAACAGCCUAGUCACCGACUCGGCGGCCGGUGCCACUGCGUUUUCCUGUGGCCGCAAGUCGUACAACGGCGCCAUUAGCACCCUGCCUGACUUCACACCCUGCGGCACAGUCCUCGAGGCUGCCAAGAGAGCAGGCUACCACACCGGCCUUGUCGUCACCACUGACAUCACGGACGCCACACCUGCGUGCUUCGCCAGCCACGUCAACUACCGCACGCAAAACGACGAGAUCGCCCUGCAUGAGAUUGGCGAGGGUCCGCUGGGCCACGUUGUCGACUUGAUGCUUGGUGGCGGCCGGUGCCAUUUUUUGGCCAACUCGUCCAAGGGCAGCUGUCGUCAAGAUGACGUUUUUGUCUCCGGCAUUGCGCAGAAGCACGGCUGGACGUACCUCGACGACCGCUCCGGCUUUGACUCGCUGAAGCUGGGUAAAAAUGUCUCGCUACCGACGCUGGGCCUUUUCGCUCACUAUAACAUCCCUUUCGAGAUCGACCGCCGCAAUAUGGCCGACAUCUAUCCCAGCUUGAGCGAGAUGGCCGCGACUGCGCUCCGUGCUUUGGAAACGGCGACCAAGGAUAGCGACAAGGGUUUCUUCUUGAUGAUCGAGGGCAGCCGUAUCGACCACGCUGCUCAUUUCAACGACCCGGCCGCCCAUGUCCGCGAGGUGCUCGAAUACGACAGGACGUUCCAGUUGGUCCUUGAUUUCCUCGAGAAAAGCGACGUCGAGGGUGUUGUUGUCUCCACAAGUGACCAUGAGACUGGAGGUGUUGCCAUUGCUCUUCGUAAGUCGUGGGUCUCUCGCCUGCAAGAGCCAGGCCAAGAACCUGUUUAUAACUGGUUCCCUUCGUUCCUGGCUAAUGUACAAGCCUCUGCUGAGCAUUUGGCCUUGCUUUUGCGCGCGCAUGUUGCAUCUAUCACCGAGGCCGGAGAUAUUGCUGCGCAAAGUGCGGAACGGCUGAAGGACUGGAUCAACACAAACCUGAUCAUUGAAGGCCUCGGUAUAACCGAUGCCCUCGACGAGGAGCUCGACUUGGUUGCAGCGCACACCGACGACGCGACAACCGUCUUUUCCGCUAUCCUUAGCUUGCGGGCACACAUCGGCUGGAGCACACAUGGCCACUCGGCUGUGGAUGUAAACAUCUAUAGCUCGGGCGGUUCAGCAGCCGAGCAGAUCCGUGGCAACCAUGAGAAUACUGAUAUAGGCAAGUUCUUGCGAGAGUACCUCGGUGUCAGCGUCGACGAGAUCACGGCGGAACUCAACGACAGAAUGGUUGCCGGCCAACCAGCUCACGCUCAGAUAACGGCAGAAGGUGUUCCCGUGACUGAAUACGAGAUGGAGGGACUGCAGAAGCAUUAUUUGCCAUAG